GUGCAAUCAUCAUCAAAUAUGUGUAUUGAAAUAAUUGUUUAAAUGAAAAUAGGUCAACGUUCUGAAGGUGUGAUGAAAGUAAAACGUGAAGUUCCCCCGGCAGGGGCCUUCACAAAGCUCCGUCUUCUAAUGUGGAAGAACUUUCUGCACCAAUGGAGGCAGCCGAUAAAGACAAUAGUGGAAGUAGUGCUACCAGUUGGCACAAUGGCUUUGGUGCUCAUACUGCGAUCGCAAAUAGAACCAACGACCAGUGAUGUGUCGCGAUUCCCGCCAAUAUCUGCCUAUUCUCUCAAUUAUUCCAUACCUGUUAUGUUUAAUAUGAAUUUUCAAAAGUUGUCCGUAGCAUACUCUCCAGAAUCUCCCAUAUUAGAAGACGUGGUCAGAAGUGCGAUUGUUAAUUUAAUUCGACAUAAUAUUGAUGUAAUCUUGGACUUAAUAGAUCGAUUACCAGGAAUACCCGAUUUGCCACCAAUACCGCCGGAUUUGAUUUUAAAUUCAACAGAAAUUUUCGAGGUGUUGAGAAAUUUGAUUAAUGUCCAAGCUUACAAUAACAGUGCUGCUUUAAUAAGUAUAUACAGAGAAGAAGAAUAUACUCGUGAAGUAUUGGCAGCUGUUGAGUUUGAUGAUAAUUUAGCAGGGACAACCACGUUACCAGAUGAUCUGUCUUAUUCUCUACGGUUUCCUGAGAAGCCGCGACUGAAUUCUUUCUAUGGAACAGGCGGUCGAUCCUGGCGUACUAAUAAUGUUUUUCCAUUUUUUCAAAUGCCAGGCCCAAGGUUUCCUCAUUCAUGGGAAGGAGGAAACGAUCCAGGAUACGUAAAUGAAAUGUUUAUUGCUCUUCAACAUUCAAUAUCAAUGGAGCUGAUAUCUCGACAAACAAAUCUGGAUUUGGAAAAUUUUACAGUAAACAUUCAAAGGUUCCCUCACCCGCCGUACCUUCAGGACUUGGCUGUUGAGUUCCUGACUUAUAUUUUCCCUUUAUUUGUCAUAAUCAGUUUCAGUUAUACGUCGGUAAAUAUUGUGUCUGCUGUCACAACGGAAAAAGAGAACCAACUUAAGGAAAUGAUGAAAAUAAUGGGUCUGCCCACGUGGUUGCACUGGACAGCUUGGUUCCUCAAACAAUUCAUAUACAUGUUCCUGAUCUCCGGUCUACUCGUCCUGUUGCUAAAGGUAAACUGGUUUACGAACGAGGAUGGGUUUAGUGAGUACGCGGUAUUCACUCACACAUCGUGGUCGGUUCUACUGUUCUUCCUCACUCUGUACUUAACGUGCAUGAUAUUCUUUGGUUUUAUGUUGAGUGGAUUCUUCAAAAAAGCAAGUACGGCGUCGCUAUUCGCAGGUGUGAUAUGGUUUUUGACAUAUUUACCAGCGUUUCUUCUCAGUAUGGAGACCGAAGUUCCAAUAAUUGUUCAAACAAUAACAUGUCUUUCCAUAAAUUCUGCAAUGUCCUACGGCUUCCAGCUUCUUUUAUCACAAGAGAGUAUCGGCGGAAUGAAUUGGGGAAACUUCUUUUCAACACACACAUUGGACGCGGACAGACUACUCUUCGGCCAUGUUGUUUUAUUACUGUGUCUGGACUGUGUGUUGUACAUGCUGGUUGCUUUAUACCUGGAACAAAUAUUACCAGGAACUUGGGGCACCCCAAAGCCUUGGUAUUUCAUUUUUCAAAAGUCCUUUUGGUGUCCUUCUGCAACCAGAGUUUCAGAUAUCAGAAGUAAUGGAGUGGAAACUGAUACAAUCGUUAGAGAAAAUGAGCCAAGAGACAAUGAAAUCGGAGUAAAAAUGACGACUUCACGGUAACAGGAUGAUCCAGCCACCAAAAGUAGCACCCGUUCCUGAGCAUCACGCAUGGACCAGCUAUCGCCUCCCUCGACCAUCUUUUAGGGUCGGUAACGACUCGCCCCACGUCGUCGCCACAUGCA